AUGGGAAAUAAAAUCCAAAUCCAACUCAACUCUAAAUUCUAUUUUCCAAACCAAGCCAUAUAAGGUACUUGAUACAUCUAUGAGAGGGAUUGUCAUUAUUGAGGAUUGUGAAUACACUUUGAAGGAGAUCUCCAAACUGUAUGUUCACUUAUAAGGAGAGGAAACUUGGGAAAAAGGGUUUGCAUGUGCUGAAUCAAACAAUUUUAACAUAUUCUACUCUCAGUUCAAGUUGCUUAUUGAUAUCAAUGAUGAACGGAACCCAGAGGAUUAGAAAUUGAAAAUCUCAAAAACGAUCGCAAUUCCAUUCACUUAUUCAUUACCUGUUAAUCUCAUUGGCUCUAUGUAAAGGGAAAAGGAUUUCAAAUUAAGGAUCGAUUACAACAUAUCUUUGAUUGCUGAGACUCUAAAAUUAGAUCGAAUCACUCUCAAGAAACUGCCAGUCAUCAUCAACCAAAAUGCAGUUAGACAAAAUAUUGUUAAGAGCAUUUCAAAUAGUCAUGUCAUUCGGGGAUAUUUAAAUAAGCCUUAAGGAGUAUAAUUUAAAUGCAAUUUUAGAUAUCUAAAUUAGAAUGUAAAUAUAGUGGAGAAGAAUUUUCGUUUGGUGAUUAAAUUAACUUAGAAAUAAGUGUAGAUCUGAGGGAAAGCAAGCAGUACAUUUAAGAAAUAGUAAUCUCAUUGAACAAGAGAACCACAAUUAUGGCUAAAGAACCAAAAGUUAUUGUAGAAUAAAUUUCCAAAUUGAGUUUACCAGGAGUUGUUUAAGGAAUUGUUUAAACAAUCAAAAAAUCAAUCCUGCUCUUUGAUUUUCACAGCCAGAUGGAACUUUCAACAACUGGAUAAUUAAUCAAAGUGGAUUACCUAAUCAGAAUAUAAGCCUAUUCAACAUUGUUCAAUAUCAAUAAUAAUGAUUUAAGAAUUGAUAUUCCUAUCAAUAUCUUCCAAAGGAUAAUCAAGUUACCCGAUCUAAAGUUUGAACCCAAUUAGAUUAAGAACCUAUCCCAAGUCUAUGAUGUAAACUUAAAUUUAAAUUUAGGUCGUAAGACUUUGA